AUGCUCUUCAACAUCACCCUCGCACGUACCCUCGUCGCAUCCCGCAUCGCCCAGCUACCCCUCGUCGCACCCGUCCUCCACCGUCUCCCGUCCCUCGGCUACCACUACUACUCGUCAGCAGCAGCAACAACAACAACAACAAUGUCCCUCCCAGCCGCCAUCGCACCCGACACCCCCACCGUCCCGGGACAAGGCCCGCCCAAGAUCCACCUGUACACCCAGGGCACGCCCAACGGCUACAAGGCAAGCCUGUGUCUCGAGGAGAUGCGCAUCGCGUACCCGGACAAGGCCAAGGACCAGCUCAGCUACGACAUUUUUGUCCUGGACUUUGGCAAGAAUGAGCAAAAGCUCCCGGCCUUCCUCAAGAUCAACCCCAACGGCCGCAUCCCGGCCAUCGUCGACGACAAUGCGGGCGGACAGCGCGUCUUUGAGACCGCUAGCAUCCUCCUGUGGAUCGCAGAGCAGUACGACACCGACUACAAGCUCUCGUUCAAGGACGCCGGCGAGCGCGCAGACAUGGUAUCGUGGAUCUUCUUCGCGCAUGGCGGUAUCGGACCCAUGCAGGGCCAGGCGGGCUACUUUCUCAACCAAAAGUACAAGGACGCGUUCGCGAUCCGGCGCUACGUCGUCGAGGUUGAGCGCCUGUUCUCGGUCCUCGAGGACGGCCUGCAGCCCUCUGCCCCCGGCGGCGGAUCGUACCUCGUCGGCAACAAGUAUUCGCUCGCCGACCUGAACGCGUGGACGUGGGUCUCGAGCUAUGGCCGCAUGGGCAUCGACAUGGCCGCGUACCCGCAACUCGCCAAGUGGGUCGAGAGGGUGCGCGAGCGCGAGGGAACCAAGCGUGGGCUCAAAGUGCCCCGCCAGAGGGUCGAGGUGACGCCGGAGCAGGCGGCGGAGAAGCAGAAGGAGGUCAAGGCGUACAUUGCCGAAGCUGACAAGCUUGUUGCGUCGCUCUGA